AUGGACCAACAAUUUAUAGCUCAGCUCGAACAAACCUUGGGUGCUAUCGUUCAGCCAAACUCUGCUGGGUUAAAGGAAGCUACUAAAGCCUUACAAACCCAAUUUUACACACAACCAACUUCUGUUCCAUGUUUGAUUCACAUUUUACAAAAUAGUAACGAUGAUGCUAUCAAGCAAUUAGCCGGUGUUGAAGCCAGAAAGAUGAUUCCAAAGCACUGGAACGCUUUAGAGGAUUCAGUAAAGUCUCAGAUCAAAGCUUCCUUGUUACAAACCGCUUUUAGCGAACCAAAAGAAAUUAUUCGUCACGGUAACGCUCGUGUCAUUGCUGCUAUUGGUACUGAAGAAAUGGAAAGUAACAAAUGGCCUGAUUUAGUUCCAAGCUUGAUUCAAGCUGCUUCUGGAGAAGAUGCUGCCACUAGACAAACUUCAAUCUUCAUCUUAUUAUCACUACUAGAAGACUUCACUCCUGCUUUCAUUGUUUACAUCGACGAUUUCUUAAACCUAUUCUCUCAAACUAUCAAUGAUACCGCUUCCUUAGAAACCAGAUCUUUAUCUGCUCAAGCAUUGAACCAUGUCUCUGCUUUAAUUGAGGAACAAGACAGUAUUAACCCCCAACAAGCCGCUAAAUUUUCUUCUUUGAUUCCUUCCGUUGUUAACGUCUUAGAAGCAGUUAUCAAGGCCGAUGACACCAGUAAUGCUAAGCAAAUUUUCAACUGUCUAAAUGACUUCUUAUUAUUAGAUUCUAAACUAACUGGUAACACAAUCGUUGAUUUGAUCAAAUUAACUGUACAAAUUGCCAUGAAUACUCAAAUUGAUGAAGAUGUCAGAGUUUUUGCUGUCCAAUUCAUCAUCUCUGCUUUAUCUUACAGAAAAUCUAAGGUUUCUCAAGGUAAAUUAGGUCCAGAAAUCACCUUAAUGGCUCUAAAGGUUGCUGCUGAAGAAGUCGACGUUGAUGACGAAUUAAACAAUGAAGAUGAAACCAAUGAAAAUGAGGAAAACACUCCAUCUUUAACCGCUGUUAGAUUACUUGCUUUCCUUUCAUCUGAAUUACCACCAUCUCAAGUUUCUGCCAUCAUUAUUGAACAUUUACCAGCUAUGUUACAAUCUUCUAACCCAUUCGAAAGAAGGGCUAUCAUGCUUGCCAUUUCUGUCGCAGUCAGUGGAUCUCCAGAUUAUAUUCUUUCUCAAUUCGACAAGAUCAUCCCAGCUACCAUCACUGCAUUAAAGGAUACCGAACCAGUUGUUAGAUUAGCUGCUUUGAAAUGUAUUCACCAAAUGACUGUUGACUUGCAAGACGAAGUUGCCAAAUUCCACGAAGAAUACUUACCAUUAAUUAUAGAUAUCAUCGAUUCUGCCAAAUUCGCCACUAUUUACCACUAUGCUACAGUUGCUUUAGAUGGUUUACUUGAAUUCAUUGCUUACGAUGCUAUUGCUAAAUACUUAGAACCAUUAAUGAACAAAUUGUUCUUAAUGUUAGACAACACUAACUCCUCUAAACUAAAAUGCGCAGUCGUUUCUGCCAUCGGUUCUGCUGCUUUCGCUUCGGGUUCUGCUUUCAUUCCAUACUUCAAAUCAAGCGUUCAAUAUUUGGAACAAUUUACCCAAAACUGUUCUAACAUUGAAGGCAUGACAGAAGAUGACAUCGAAUUAAGAGCCAUGACUUUUGAAAACAUUUCCACAAUGGCUAGAGCUGUCAGAUCUGACGCUUUCUCCGAAUUCGCUGAACCAUUAGUCAAUUCUGCUUAUGAAGCCAUCAAGACUGACUCUGCAAGAUUAAGAGAAUCCGGUUAUGCCUUCAUUGCUAACUUGGCCAAGGUUUACGGUGAAAACUUUUCUUCAUUCUUAGCUACCAUCUUACCAGAAAUUUUCAAGACUUUAGAAUUAGAUGAAUACCAAUUUAACUUUGACGGCGAUGUUGAUGACUUAACUGCCUUUACUGAGGGUGCUAGUGAAGAAGAACUGCAAAACAAAUUCACUGUCAAUACCGGUAUCUCUUAUGAAAAAGAGGUUGCCGCUGCUGCCUUAUCUGAAUUAGCUUUAGGUACCAAACAACAUUUCUUACCAUACAUCGAACAAUCUUUGAAGGUAUUAAAUGAACAAGUCGAUGAAUCUUAUGGUUUAAGAGAAACUGCUUUGAAUACCAUUUGGAAUGUUGUUAAGGCCGUUUUAUUAGCUUCCAAGGCUGUCCCAGAAUCAUAUCCAAAGGGUGUUGUCGGUGGUUCUUAUGUUGACGCUAAUGUCCUCUCUGUCAUCAAAAACGCCAGAGAAAUUUGCAUGAACAUAGUCAAUGACGAAUUCGAAACUUCUAUGAUUAUCACUAUAUUUGAAGAUUUUGCUAACAUGAUCAAGCAGUUCGGUGCUAUCAUUAUCAUGGAUAAUGGUGAUUCUUCCAGUUUAGAAGCUCUUUGUGUUCAAGUCUUACAAGUUUUAAGUGGUACUCAUACUUGUCAAACCAUUGACUUAGAAGAAGACGCUCCAAAGGAUGAAGAAUUAGAUGCUUCCGAAACUGAAGCCACUUUGCAAGACGUUGCCUUAGAGGUUUUAGUCAGCUUAUCUCAUGCCUUAGCUGGUGAUUUUGCCAAGAUCUUCGAAAAUUUCAAGCCUGUUGUCCUAAGUUUAUUCCAAUCCAAAUCUAAGAACAAGAGAUCAUCCGCCGUUGGUGCUGUCUCUGAAUUAGCUUUAGGUAUGAAGGAACACAACCCAUUCAUUCAAGAAAUGUUAGAAGGCUUGAUUAUCAGAUUAACCAGUGACAAGUCUUUAGAAGUUAGAGGUAACGCUGCAUACGGUGUUGGUCUCCUCUGUGAAUAUGCUUCCUUUGACGUUUCUUCCAUCUACGAACCUGUCUUAAAGGCUCUUUACGAAUUAUUAAGUGUUGCUGACCAAAAGGUAGCUGAAGACGAAGAAGUUACCAGAGAAAUCAUCGACAGGGCCUACGCUAAUGCCAGCGGUUGUGUUGCAAGAAUGGCUUUGAAGCAUGAAAACUUAAUUCCAUUAGAACAAACCAUUCCAGCAUUAUUGGCACACUUACCAUUAAAUACCGGUUUUGAAGAAUACACUCCAAUCUUUGAAUUGAUAAUGAAACUAUAUCAAAACAAUGUUUCUGCUUUAACUAAUGAAACUCCAAAGGUUGUUGAUGUCUUCGCUAGUAUUUUCACCAAAGAAAAUGAAAGAAUCAAAUUGGAACAAGAAUCUACAUUGGGUAGAGAAGAAAACAUGGAAAGAUUAAAGCAAUUCCAAACCGAAGAAAUGAAACAAAAAGUUAUUGAAUUAUUGAAAUACUUUAACAGUACAUACAACGGUAUCAUUGCUCAAAACACUGUCCUAGCCGGUGUCAUUGCUUGA